AUGAGCCAAUACCCACCGCCAAAUGCUGGACCGACUCGCAGCACGUAUGGAAUGAUGCCUAAUCAGUAUCAGCAACCUCAGCAAGGAUAUGCGACAUCGUCCUCCAUGAUGCCACAGACUUCUGUCGCGGCUUCUCAUCCUCAGCCCAUCGCGCCUGCUCCUGCAGCCGCGCGACCUCCCGUUCUGCGACCUAUGCCUGCUGGCGGAGUCAUGCAACAGUCAGGUUUGCCGUCUCCUUACGGCGGUAGCCCUAUGAUGCCUCACCAGCAAUCUCUUAUGCAGGACAGUGAGCAGCCUACUCAUGUGGUAGGAUCUCAGGGUCGUCGCGGCAUAUUGCCAAGCGCUCCAGGAAGGCCCGCUGCACCCACGGGCAGUGGCGCUUCCAAAAACACGGUAAUCCCACAAAAGGAUGCGGAUGGAAAAUUCCCCUGCCCCCACUGUACUAAGACCUACCUCCACGCGAAGCACUUGAAGCGCCACCUUCUCCGCCAUACCGGCGACCGCCCAUAUAUGUGCGUGUUAUGCCGCGAUACGUUCUCACGAAGUGACAUUUUGAAGCGUCACUUCCAGAAAUGCUCGAUUCGACGAGGAAACCCCACCGGGGUGAGCCAUCUGUCUCAUCCCCAAGCACACGUUAAGAAGCAGCAGCAAAAUGCCCAAAAAGCUAACGAUGGUGACAUGGGUCACAUGAACGGCAUGACUAACAUGCCAGGUGAUAAUGUCGUACACCCAUUCGGUAUGGUCCAGAUCCAAGAUGGUAUGGGAAACAUGGCCAACGACCAGAACCAGCUUUCUAGAUCGAGUAGCAUGAGUCGCAUGGAAGAUAACAACAACCGGGACCGAAGAAGUAUGACCGGCGGUUACAAUGGUGAUGUGUCGAACUCGAUGUCGUCGAACAUCAACCCUCAGUUGGCCAACUUUAACAUGCCCCCGGGCCAGAAUGGCAUGCCUAUGUAUGGAGCUUCGGGCUCAACCCAACAAUCUGGCCUUGACUGGUCCCAGAUGUUUCCACAGUCUGGUGCGCACCAUGCCUACGUCAAUCAGUACCCUCCUAAUAUUGGACAGAAUCAGACCGCAAUCAAAACCGAGCCUAACCUCUCUCCCGAAAGACCCAAUGGCAUGCCAGGCAUGGCCUCGAACGAUGUGAACGACCGAUCACUUUUCUUCCCGAAUUGGGGCAUGCAGCCUUCCACACGAGACCCUCACCAACAAUUAUCGUCGCAAAUUCUCGGCUUUUUUCACCCACAAGGCACAGUUGCCUCUAGUCAGACCGCUGGCUUAACCGACUUCUUUUCGCCAAAUAAUAUUAAAGAUUUUCUUGAAUCGUACACCCAUUUUCACGUUCACUUUUCCUUCUUACACAUUCCCACGUUUCGUAUUAUGGAGACUUACACUGGUCUCAUUGCAGCGAUGUGUUGUAUUGGCGCUUGUUACUCUGGUCGUGUAGCAUCUUCUAACGUUCGCGAGAUAAUGAAUUUUCUGAAGAUAGCACUAGAGCGCGAUUGCGAUUUGUUCGCCAGCGGUAACGCCCAAGCGUCGUUCAAGUUCAGAAAUGGCAAGAAUAAGAAAGAUAUUGAGCGGUUACAAGCUCUCAUCUUGAUGUCUGCACUUCUCAUAUGGAAUGGUACGCCUGUCCAGCGCGAAAGUGCUAGGAGACUCUUUCCUUUGGUAGCGGACAUUUCCAGGAGGUUCGAUUUACUGCAAGUCAACAACGAUCCGUCUUUAUACAGCAUAUUCCAUCGAGAAAAAAUCGCUUUGAAUGAUCUCAAUCCUGGGCAAUUUAACUGGGCGGCGUGGGUCGAGCAAGAAUCGCGCAUUCGGCUUAUGUAUAUGGUAUACCUCCUUGAUGUCGCACGUGGUCUAUACUUCAACUGUGAUCCUCAAAUCGACGCGUUUGAGAUGCGUAUCCCACUUCCUGCAGACGAUGCAGCAUGGGAAGCACAGACGGCGUUGGACUGCGCGCAAGCCUUGAGUUUAUACGGAACUGAAGCGGCAAGGGCAAAGAAUCCGGAUGGCUCUCAACGCACAAAACAGCCUGAAUUGAAUCUCACACUCACCGCUCUGUUCCAUCGAUCAUACCAAAUACAUCCCGGCAGCACGAACCUCUAUGGGAAGUUCAUUCUCAUCCACGCCAUACUUGCUCAAAUCAGACGUGCUCAGAUCCAAGGCCGUAUAGCGGCAUUGGAUGGUGGUGCAACACCACUUUCACAAAAUGACUGGGUCAUUGCAACGGGUUCGGAUACGGGAAGCGGAAAUGUCAGCGCUAACAACAGUGCAAACGGUACGCCGGUCGCGGGUGUGUCAGCACAGACAUACAAAGCCAUAUGUACUGCUCUCGAUAAGUUUAAGUCGUAUUGGGACAUGGACAUGGCAAUUCAAUUCCCCCCAUCGGUUUCCAGUCCUCGGCGAUACGGCUUUUGUCGUGAUGGGAUACACUUCUUUUGGUUGGCUAAGUGGAUGCUCAAGAAUACUACAGUGGUGGAUUUACAGAUGGCCCCGGAUGCUCGGUUCCGACAGGUUAUUCAACUGCUUAAGUCUGUGAAGGCGUGGGUGAUGUCGGAUGGAGCCUCGAGAGGCGAGGAACUGGGAUCUGUCAGUGAAAUCGACAAUGAAUAUGGUGUUGGGAAUCUCACGGUGGAUAUGGCACAACUUUUCAAGCCCUUACGAUCAGUGAUGGGGUCUCCUAGCAUGCCUACGGUCAAAACGGAAGUCUGA